AUGUCCUGGCCUCGCUCCAGCUUCGCGGCGCACAAGCUGACCGAGGUGGAGGACUCCGACACGACCCUGCUGCACCACCUCACGCGGCUCCAGCAGGCCUACCAGAGUCGGCUGCCGCCCACUCUAGCCGAGGACGAAAACCUCGGCUUCGAUCUCAACGCCGGGAGGGCCGGUGCGCAAGCACGGCUGGCAUUGUUGUUCGACCCAAAGGACCGCAAGCAGCGGCUCGGGCCCGAGACGGCGCAGGCAGUCUUCCGCGCGCUGACAGGGCCGAACGCACAGGGCGCGUGCUGGAAGGGGUGGCGGCAGAGCGGCUUUGGCGAGACACAGGUCAGCGGCCCGCGGGCUGCUGUCGUCCACGCGGAGGCCAUCGUCGCUUGCUUCGAGCGGCUGUGGGGCCAGCCGGCGGUGUGCGAGGGCGUACCCACGACCAUCCUGCGCCCGCCUCGCAGCGCAGCGCUCGGCGCGCACGUGGACUCGGCGUCCCUGCUCGAGCUGUACGUGGAAUGCCGCUCGCUGGCCUUGGCUGCCACGCGCGCGGCGGGAGCGACAGAGAGCCUCGAGCGUCAGUGGGCGGCGCUGCACGGCUGCCAGGCGCUCGUCCACUGGGCGGGGCCACACUGCGCCGCUGCAAAGGCGGACGGGAGCACGUGCGGCCUCGCCCGCCUCUCGGUGCCUCGCUUCUUUGCGCUGCUCUCUCUGCUGCACCCCGACCACCCGCACGACGCCGCGCCGUUCGCGCCACCCAAGGCCAGCGACAGGCGCGCCGCUGCGCCGGACAACUCCGAUCCGCACGGCCUCUGCGUCCCGGCGGCGGACGAGGAGCGCGCGGCUCUGCUGCCUCGCGCCGCCUCCGAGCCGAGCGUCUCCCGCUUCCUCGCGCGGGGCGGCCCCGUCUUUGCGCCAUUCUUCAGCAAGGCCGCGCUGCUCGCGCUCAACGAGGUGCUCGCCGCCCUCGAGCUGCCCGCCGCCAACGCCGCUCCGACGCGGCCCGGCGCGGCGACGGCCGCGUGGCUGCAGCGGCUCGAGUCGCGCGGUAAGCUCGCCGAGCUGCGGCUCGUGCUGCGAGCGGCGCUGCCUCCCGACGGCCCCGUGGUGCCCGCGCCGAUGGUGCCGGCGGCAGCGGCCGGAGACGCCCGCGGCGAGAGCUGCGCCGGCGGCUGGCAGUACCCGCUGUGCGUGACGUGGCUCCGCGGCUUCCCGCACAUGGCUCGCGAGGGCGGGCUGCGGCUCACCUUUGUGCCGUGCUUGCUGCCGCGGCCGCCGGCGACGGCGGCGGGGCUCGAGAGGAUGGAGACCAUCGAGGCCGAGCGGCGGCGCACCCUCCGGCGGGCGCAGCUCAUGCAGCAGGGCGAGUACGCCGCCAUCCGAGCCGACUCGCAGCUGAGCCGACCAAUCGCUGGUGGGGCGGUGCACUCGCAUCCAGAGCAGGAGGAGCAGAUGCACCGCGACUACGACCGGAGCGCGUACGCCACCGUGGAGGAGCUGCAGGCGUACGACCUGCUCACGGCGCGGCUCAACGCUCGAGCCGUCGAGGCCAUGCGCCUCGAGAUGGAGGGCGGGGAGGACGAGCGUGGGAGGGAGGCGAGCGGGCAGAAGCGUGGCAGGGACGCGGAAAGGCAGAUCUCAGUGUGA